AUGAUCGAAACUACAGGAAAAAUUGAAUACUCAAAGUCCAAAACGAUACAGUGUGGUUGCAGUGAUGGUGAUGAUAACAACAACAAUAAUAAUAAUAAUAAUAAUAGCAGUAAUAAUAAUAAUAGCAGUAUUAAUAAUAAUAGCAGUAAUAAUAAUAAUAGCAGUAAUAAUAAUAAUAGCAGUAAUAAUAAUAAUAGCAGUAAUAAUAACAGGAACACCAAUUUUUUGUCUUCGAAAUAUGAAAAAAUGAUCGACUUAGGAAAAGCUGAUGGUGAUGUAGAUGAUAACAGAGAUGACAUUAUGCGUGAUAAGGGAAAAGAAAAUAUAAAUGAAGAAUUCUUUUCAGGUAAUAAAUUUAACAAGGAGAAAAAUAAUAGCAUUAUAAUUGAAUCAACAAAUAAAAUAUAUAAUGAUAAUGACAUAACCAAAAAAAAAGAUAUCAAUAUGCACAAUAGUUUUAGUAAUACGCCAAUAACAAGAGUAAAGGAUAAUACAACUGUUCAAAGAAAUUGUAAUAAAGAAAAAAAAUCAUUCUCUAAAAAAACAAACAAAAUAAAUAUUAACAAAAUAGAGGAGGAGAAAUAUGAUGAAAAUGUUUCAGAUAACAAUAUUUUCUCAAAUGGUAGUAGUAAUAUGUAUGAUAAUAAUAUGACAACUUCCCAAUAUUACGAUAAUAGUAGUGAUGACAAUUCAAAAAAAAUGAGUAAAAGUAUGGGUUCUUUUUACUUAACAGGAAGCAAUAAUAACGAUGGCAAGGAAUAUAAUUCAUCAACACAUUUUAUAAGUAACGAUGAUACCUUUUUAAAAUAUAACAAUAACACAAUGAUUGAAGAAAAAGAAAUGUUUGUUAAUUUUAUGGAAGAAGAUCAAAAGAAUAAUACAUAUAAUACCAGGUUCAUGGAAGAAGAGUUAAACCAUAUGUUGCCUAUGUGCAUCACGUCCGAUAUGAUUAAAUCAAAUAGAAAUAAUUCUUAUGACCCAAAUUAUACUAGUAGUUAUGUGUAUAACAAUAAUAAUAAUUGUAGUAAUAAUAAUAAUAAUUGUAGUAGUAAUAAUAAUAAUUGUAGUAUUAAUAAUAAUAAUUGUAGUAAUAAUAAUAAUAAUUGUAGUAAUAAUAAUAAUAAUUGUAGUAAUAAUAAUAAUAAUAGCAUUGACGAGGAGAGAAAUUCAGGUUCAAUCCUUUUAGAAAAUGGGUUUAAAAAAAUAGAUGCUGCCUUUUCAUGUUGCAACAAUAAAAAAAAAUUUAUUCCAGUUGUAGAUGGUAGUAACAAUAAUAACAGUGUUUCUGAAAAAGGAAGUAGCAUGAAACAGAACAGUUGUAGAAGUACAUCGGAUGGAGCAAGUGAGUUUGUAAGAAGGGGCUCCAGCAAAUUGUUGACUCGAAAGGACAGUGAUAUUCAUCGCAGUGAUGGUAACGAUGGUAAUACAGAUGAAGUUGUGGAGAUUGACCCUAUUGACGAGGUUUACCAUGUUGACAAUUGUAACAAUGAUCGUGGGUACCUCGUUGAAGGUAGUGAUAAUAUUGAUGACAGUUACAGUGUGGAGAUGGUAAAGUAUGGGAAAAGGCAGCAAAGUGAUGGAAAAACAGAAAAUAAUUUUGACAUGAACAGUAAAGGCACAAUAUAUACAAAGAAAGAAAAUUGUAAAAGUAUGGAAAGUCAUCAAGAUAUUUUUAAUGAUAUGGAAAAUGUAAAUGAUAGCACAACAGAGUGUACAUCUUCAGUCAAAGACAUGCAGAAAUUUAGAGUAAAAUAUUCAUCAUCUAUACAUGAAAACAAUCUAAAUAAGAAAAUUUGUAGUGCGAAGGAUUCGGAGGAUAUCAUAAAUAUAAAAGAACUCCACACAGCUAAUAAUGGUAUGAAUAAUGAUAUUAGUAAUGGAAGUAGUAAUAAUUAUAUUAGCAAUCAUAACAACAGUAACAAUAGUAACGAUGCUGAUGUUUUAAACGCGUCGUCCACGAGAGUACAUAAUGCGACAAAUAAAAUGGGAGUAUGUAGUAGUAGCCAAAAUUUCAUGGUCACUGAAAACUAUAUACCUAUUACAAUUCAAGAGGAGCAAGAUGAAUAUGAGGAAAAUGAGGGGAAUACCUUUGAAAUAUAUGAAAAUGAAACAAACAAAGAAUAUUUUCCAAAAAGUAGUAAUAAGCCUAUUUAUGUAAAUAAUGCAAAUAAGAACGCUAAUAAGUGCAGCAAUGUGGAUGUGAAUGCAGGUGUGAAUGUCUCUACUAGUACUAGCGGUAGUGUGAGCAGAAUAGUGAGCGACUACAAACCCAAUCAUAACUUAAGUAGAAAUGAUUCCAUUAAAGGAGGGAAAGGUAUUAGCCCCAGAGAAAUUCUAUACAAAAAGAAAGGAUUCUACUUAAAUAAAGAAACAGAUAGUAUUAAAAAAAAAAAAAAUGAGACGACAUUAAAGAAAAAUUAUUUUCACGAGUGUAUCAAAAAUGAAAAGGAAAAAUCGAUGGAGGAGUACUUCCAUAAUAAUAAUAAUAAUAAUAAUAGCAAUAAUAAUUAUAGUAAUAAAACAUUUAAGGAGAAAAUUCUUAAGAAUGUAAAAUAUGAAAACCCGUCCAAUACUUUUAACGACAUAAUAAAUAGUAACGCACAUUAUGAUUUGACAUCUCACCUGAAGAGCAAAUUGUGUUAUGCGACAGCAAGGGGAAGGAAUAUCGGAAGAGAGGUUGAUAUGGAAGUAGCGAAAGCAAAUGUAAGUGUAAAAAAUAAAGAAGGGAAAGGGUCCUAUUACUUGCAAAAUGAAAAGCUAGACGGAUGUGAAGAAGCACAUAUAGUGCACAAAAGCUAUAACAGAAAUAGCAACUACAGUAGUAAUAAUUAUAAUGCAGGUAUAUGCAAUGUUAGCAGUUACAAUGUUAGCGGCUACAAUAAUUGCGGUACUUAUUAUAACAACAAUGAAAAUGAUCAGGAGAUGACGAAGAAUGCAAGGAUGUAUUACGAUUCUGAAAUGAACUUCACACAAGGAAAGCGCUAUUAUUUGCUUCCACCGAAAAAGAACGAUGUUAUAAAAGAGCAAAAAAAUCAAAUGCUAAUGAUAUCAAAACAGAAAAUAAAAAAAAUAUGGAAUAAGUUUAAAAAUAAUUCUCCAAAAGAACAUCAAACUUUGGUGCCGACAUUUGAAAGUGAGCAAAAUUUAUUUCCGAAUAUGGAGGUAUUACAUGCACAGAAAGUACAAGUCCACAAUAAUGAUUAUUACAACGACAGGGGGGGUAUUUGCAUGAACAACAACAAUAAUAGCAACAACAGCAGUACUACCUGUAACAAUAACAACAAUAGUAACUAUAUCAGUAACUGUAACAACGUGGGUAGUAGCCUCAUUAACAACAACUACGCUAACAUUAUGUCGAAGGAGAACGUGAACAAAUCCAUAAGGUGGAACAACAACAAUAAUUUGGAAAAGCAGAUAAAGUCGAAAUGCAUAUUUAAUUGGAAAGUGGCCCAAAAAUCGUUGUUUAAAAUGCUACAUAGUGCACAUAAUUUUUAUUUUAACGGUGUAAAAUAUUCUGACUGGGAAUUAACUUGUAUACCAACCCUAGGUUUUUCAAAAUCAAGUAAUAGAGUUCAACAGAUGUUUAAAGCAGUUGUACCAUCCAAAGAUGGGAAUAGUAGAAAUGAUGUGAAAUUAUUUAUUAAAAAAGUACCUAUUUAUAUAUGGGUAAAACAGUUUAAUUUAAUGAACGAAUACGAAGGGGAAUAUGUAACAGAUGGAGAGAAUUUCGUAAUGGAAGCAACAUCCUUAGCAUUUUUAAAUGAGUACCAUCCAGGUAUAACUCCGAAAUUGUACAAAAUAUUGUAUGAAACGGAUAAUAGUGGUAAAAGUAAUGGUAGUAGUGGAAGUAAUAAAAAUAAUAAUAAUAAUAAUAAUAAUAAUAAUGACAAUAACAACAAUACGAACAACAAUAGCAGUAACAUCGUUAGCAGUAACAUCAUUAGCAGUAACAAUGUUAGAAGUAACAACGCUAGCGGUAACAAUAACAAACAUCAGAACGAGUGUAAUAUCCCCCCGAAAUCUAUGUUCAAUAAUUUAACCCUAUUUAAUGAAAUUUUAACCGAUAGGUUGAAAUGUAAUAUUAAUGGAAAUAUUGUAAUAGUGUCCGAAUUCUUUAGUGAAGAUAUUCUUGAUUUUAUAGAUAGAAGACAAAAAAAAUAUAAUAUGAAAAUAAGUAAUAAUGAAAAGAGUUAUAUACUUUAUCAAUGUUUAAAAUUACUCAUUAGACUACAUGAUGCAGGUUUGUCGCAUUUAGAUUUAACUCCAGAAAAUAUUUUAAUAUCCGACAAUUAUGAAAUGCGUUUAUGUGAUUUGUCCAAGAGUACACCUAUUUAUACUUAUAAUUUAAGGCAUAUUAAAGAUGUUAAUCGUUUAUAUUUAUUUGAAUCUUGCGAACCUACUAUUGCAAAAGGAGCUUAUAUGCCUCCUGAGUGUUGGAAAAUAUAUUGGAAAUAUGAUACUAUGAAAAUCAAAAAUCCUUUGAAAGAUUUAAAGGCAAUUACUGAUCAAGAAAAAAGAAAACAAUUUUAUUUUGAUGUUUCAAGUGCUGAUAAAUUUAUGCUUGGUGUUUUUUUCUUUUGGAUAUGGACUAAUGGUAAUUUAUGGAAAUGCUCCGACCCUUUGCAAGAUGAAGAUUUUUUUUAUUUUGUUAAAUGCGACAUGAACUUUGACAAAUUCGAGCUAACACGAAAAUGGCCAAACGAGCUUAAAAGCAUUAUCAAGCAACUGUUGCACAUUGAACACAGGAAGAAGUUAAACUUGAAAGAUUUAAGUCUGCACCCCUGGUGGUCUUGCAAAUUAUAA